UUGAGCAUUAACUGCUCUGGAAUUCUUCCUUGUCCUCCAGAUUGUGUCAUCUGAUUUUACUUUUCUGAUUCCCACAGGAUACAUCCGGAGGGACGCUCUGUAACCAUGCUCUACCUGCAGCUCGUCUCCCUGCUGCUUCUUUCUGUAGGACACGUCUCCUGCCAGUCAGGAGCCAGGAUGAUUCCUCAAUGGGGCGUUGGUCUUAUCGCCAUGACGGUUUUCCUAUUCCUCGUUCUUGCUGUCUACGUGGCCAAGAUAGUUUUGAAGAAAUCGUCCAAAUCUGCCAUAGAGUCGGACCCCACAGAAAUAUCUAAGGCUGUCCCCAAUGGCACCUUUGGCCAAUACAAAAGCAGAUCUGAUGAACAUGAGCAUGCCUAUGACAACCCCAUCAAAGUCAGUGAUAAUAUACUCACCACCCCUAUGUGAUCACAAUACCUCCCUGACUUACUAACAGUAUCAUGAAAUCAUCACAAGAUAUUAGAGGAACACAGAAGAAGACCUCCAUUUCAUUGGAGGAUUGGCCAACCUACGGACCCAGGCUUCUCUGCUUGCUCCAAGUCGCUGGGUGCAGAUCGCCAUUAUUGGCCAGGAGGCCAGCAUUGCGUAAGGCGCCUUUUAAUAAAUAUGUAUUACAUCUAUGCAUGUCAUUUCUCGGACUGAAUUCACACGCAUCGGGGCUUUCCAGUUUCUGUUAUGAUGAACUCGACAGCAUCCUGUCUGGAGCCAUUUGAUAUUUCUGGUCUGUGAACUAUUUUUUUUUUUUAUUGUUCCACCACAUAAUAAAUAAUGUAAAUUCUGAAAAUAAUCUUAAAUAAAAAUCUCCUACUGUUCCGUAUA